CGAAUAGAUCCUAUCCCUUCACUACCAUCAUCAUCACGAGAUGGCAUUGCCUAAUCUACGGCGAAUAUUCAGCGCCUCUCGAACACCUUUACAGGAAAGAGCAGUCUCACGUCAAGCAUUCUUUCGAUUCGUUUCAUUUUUGGCAAGCUGUGUUUUAAUUGCACUUUUAAGCAGUCCAAAAAGAAGGGCUGUCUUGCUAGGCUUAGGAAUGGACGCUGCUGCAAUGGCUUCUUCAGCUACAACGGCAACUUUGGCUACAUAAAUCAUCACACUUCAAUCUCGGUCAAACGAAUGUAUUAGUAUGAAAUCAACAAAAAAUGAUUGACAAAAGUAUUAAAUCGAAGCAGAUGAUGGUAUUUUUGAUUUGAUUGUGUGUGUAUCUGUUAAAAUUGAGCAAUUCUUUAUUUACUAGCUUGCAAAGCAACUUUUUCACGCA